AUGGUUUUCAAAAUUACUGAACGAGCUAUGACACAUUGUGGUGUAAACGUGACUGCUUUGCGAUGUGAAUUUGGUGGAGAGUAUUUGGCAUUUAAGAGUUAUGUGCAGUCAUUGUUAAAAGAGUUUAGUAUCUGUGGUGUGGAGCCAAUUUUCGUUUUCGGUGGAUGUCAUCCGAAAGAGGGAACGAAAUUGGAUACUUUGAUGAAGCGGAACAAGGAGUACUUUAAACAACUCGCAUCAGCUCUUCUGAUUGCUAAGUCAACUUGCAGCACAGAGUUGAACAUUGAUAUAGCUCCACGACUUAACAGAAAUGUUCUGGUUGAAAUUCUGCGUGAAUCUUCAAUUCGAUACAUAGCAUGUGAACGUGAAGCUGAUAUCAGUACAGCAGAACUUGCUGUUCAUCUUCAAUGUCCUGUUACUAGUGGAGAUUCUGAUUUUUUUAUUUAUCGACCAAACGAUAAUAAUCAAGUGUAUAAUUUUAUUCCAUUUUCAACUAUUUCACGUUAUUCUAAGAGAUCCGUCCCUUGUUCUAUUUGUAAACGGAGUGGUGCUUCAUGUUAUUUCAUGUUGUGUUCAAUUCUUAAUAAUUCAGGACCGUUUUCUAAACUCAAGUAUCCUAUGUUACCACUUUUUGCCAUUCUCGUUGGUAAUGACAUGAUAUCAAAUAUUCGCCUUCCAACUAUCAUCGAUUCACUAAUCCAUACUUCUAAACUACAGAGGAAGUCCUACUAUCAAAGACGUAUCGAUGCUAUAUUUAACUGGCUGUUAAGUUUCCGUGACAUAGAAGAACCAUUGUCAUUGGUGUUGUCACUUUACAGUGAAAACGAAAGGGAUGGUAUUGGAAAGACAAUUCGUUUAGGGAUUUCGGAUUAUGUUCUAAGUAGUUCAGGAGAAAACCUGGCUCGUGAAUUAGGUUUUUCAACUGAACACAAUAUCUCAUCAAGUGUUUCGUUGUCAAGCAAGAUGGGAAAUUUGAGCAUUCAGGAUCCCACAACUUGUCGGGGUUCUUACUGUGAAGAUGCUUCCAAAUUUUCUAAACCUAUAUUGGAGAGAAAUGAUGAUGAUGAUGAUGAUGAUGAAGACAGUAUAUUUCACCGUUGGCCGAAAGAAUUGAUUAGGCGAUUUAGAUUUCUGGACUUAAUCCCAUCCCUAUUUGACCACAUGUAUGUACGAAAUGGCGCUUUUUCUCGUUUACUAAUGGAGGACAUAAAGAUUCCUAGUUCGCUUGAUGAAUGUAUGUCGAAGAUGAGAAGUGCUAUAAAUGGACUUAUAUAUGGACUUGAAAACCACUUGGGCACCAGUGGAAAGUUAUGUGGAAUGGAGAAUGAGUGUGUCACUGAGUAUAGAAGAAACGUGGAUGGUGAUUUUACGAAGACUUUAAUGUCGAUGAAGCCUCUGAAACCCCCUAGUGCUAAAACGCCUGAAUUGUCGUUCUUAUCUUUUUUCUCGAAAUUGUUCAAUGUGAAUUUGGAGAAAGAUUUUAAGCCUCUUGAAAUACAAGGUUUGGCUAUUUUAUUAAUUCUAUGGUUCAGAUGUUCAUCUCAUGCUCAAAACGAAGCUAAAAACAUUAAGACAUCGCCAGUUGCACUUGCGUUGUCAUGUUGUACAAUCGCAAUGAAUUCAAAUCGUGAAUUUCUCGGUAGAAAUCGUGAUGUUGAUGGAGAUUUCGCUAACUCCAUUCGCACACAUCUCGAUAAGUGUGCUGAUGUGGCCAAAUCAAAUUGUUGUCAAGAUGUAAAUAAACGUUCCUUUUGUAUUGAGCAAGUUCACCAACUUAAUGAAUGCAAAGUAUGGCCACUGGUUUAA